AUGGAAACGUGGUUUUGGGUUCUCGGCUGGUUCCUCAGCAUCCUCACGAUGGUUGCAAAUGGAUUUGUCAUCUUCCUCGUCUGCAGUAAACGUCAGCUUCGCACCAAAACCAACGCAUUUGUCAUGUCUUUAGCAGUAGCUGAUUUUGGUGUUGGGAUGAUUGCUGUUCCUUCACACUUUUUCUGCAGCCUUGCAACCGAAUGCACUCCACCCUUAAAAGAAGGAAUUAUUGUGAUAUUUGUAAGGGUGUUCAUUCUUUACAGCUCUGGGACAAACUUGGUUAUUUUAGUACUGGAACGUUAUGUUGCUGUUGUGAAACCUUUGAAAUACUUGACUUUUAUGAAGCGCCGUCGAGUCAUUCAAAUGGUUCUAACAUCUUGGGGAAUUCCUUUUCUUUUCAUUCUUACUUUUGUGUCGUCGCUUAAACUUAGUGUAAUCGAUGAUGCCAGGACUAUGCGCGGCUACUUGGCUUUGCUUUUCGAGAUAAUCUUGUGCGUAAUGCUGAUCUUUCUUCUUGCAUCCAUGUUUUUUGUUGUGUACUCUAGAGAUCGCACUUUAGCUAAGCAAUUACGGUUUAAUCAACCAGUCGCUAGAGCUAAAACUCAAAACAAGGCGUCAGCGGUAAAAUGGGUGGCAUUGGUAACGUGUGUGUUUCUUUCGUGUUACGGAAUAAUGAUGCGUUGUAGUUUGUUAUUGUUAACUGAUCAAAAGUGUAACGAUUUUCGUUACAAAAUACCUCUACAAGUUAUUAACUCUGGAAUAAACCCUAUAGCUUAUGCUUUCUUUAAGAGAGAUAUACAACAAGAAUGCAAAAGGCUUCUCUUCAAAAGGCGCACGUUAUUUAACAACAGAAUAGUUCCGACGCAAGAAAAACAUUAGCUAAUGCAUAUACUUAAAAAUUUCCAGGUAAAGUCACCUGUUUAAGGGAAGUUGUGUUGAUAUUACAUGUCUCUAAUAUUUAAGACCACAUAUUGAUUAUUUUGAGGCCGUACUUUACUGGAGAAAAUAUUUUUCUUAAAUUAAUCAUUUAAGCUAGCAUAUAUUUUAGUCCUUGAACAUGUGGUUCUUAUUAUUACAAGCUUGCGUUGUAUGUUUUAAUGAUAUAGAGUAAAAAAUAUCAUUUUCCUCCUCAAUUUUGCCGUGUUUUUAUAACAGUCCGCCAAUCAGCUGUAUGUUCCCUUCAAUGUUUUAGAGUAUUAAGCUCUUGUUAAUGAAUUACAUGAUAACUUUGAAACGAUAAAUGCUGAAAAACAAGAGCUGAAUUCCCUGAAUUUCGUCUACGACAGUCGAUUUGCAUACGUGCAACUUCCACAUGAGCUGUCACGGUUUAAUUUAACGGGGAACUGAUUAUCAUCUUUGUUAGCCAAAGUCGAUAUUAGAUUCAUUGAUAUAAAACUUUUAAUCUCCCCUUAUCGUCAGGAAAUAUUUCACAUUUGGUAGUCAGGUAACAUAACAUUUCCAACACUUUUUUAUUCUAUGAAAAGUUUUUUCGGAGAUUCUCGUUAUAGAAGAUCUUCGUUCGACUUAAAAUGAAUUAUUUGAAGUAUUUUAGUUCUGUAAUUCGUCGGUCUAUGUCGUCAAAUGCAAAUGUUUUCAGGAAAUUUUAGAACGUUAUGUUUUCUCAAUAAGUCUUUGUGAAAUGUUUAUAAUUUUUGCUAGUGUCUCUAACAAACACUUUUUCACAGAAAAGUGACGCACUUGACCCACAAGUCUUCCAUACGAUGACCUUUAAAACGAGUAUGAAAACGAGUUAUUUGGUUGCAACUGAUGCAGAACAAGCUGUCGAUAACAGCUCAAAUUACACGGGGAUGGAAAGUGAAGUUUUGGCAAAGUAACCGACGAAAACACCAGGCCGGCAAGUUGCAACAGAAAAGGCAAACAAAGGUGUGCAAACAUGCCAAACGCUAAGAAGUGGGGAGAACAUUCCACUACGUCUCGUGUUUUUCCCUACAUUUCUUUAGCGUUCUAGCCGCCAAAGAAAUGUAGGGCUUUACAACAAAACCUUCGAGGCUUCUUCAUUUGUUAAAACGUUUAUAACUUGAUACUAAAAAGGGGUGGUUUACGCUUAACACUGACCGAUUGAUAACUGAUCAGUUGAAAUUGUUUUUAUUUGAAAUACUUGUUGUUGGCUAAGUUGCAUUAAUUCGCAUCUUAUUUGUACUAUCAUGCUGUACUGAUAUUCUUAAUCAAAGGGCUCUUGGAGCCAGCUCAUUCAUGUUAUGGCUUAAGUUUGUAUUGAUAUCUCGGACUUGUUGAAUAAAGGUACAGCUGAAUUCCAUUUAUGUGAAAUUUCAAGACUUCUGGAAUAAAUUUUCUUUUCUUUUUGAAGUUGUGUGAUAAGAUAACUUGUGCAUUUGUCGUGGUGGGAACUGGAAAUAAAAUUAUGUGGGCUGUAGGUGGGAUGGGCAGAGGUCAUCAGGCAGAAAGUGUUCUUUUUGUCUGUGUGUGUGGGUGUUUGUGGGGCGGAGGGUGUGCUGGGUGGGCAUGAUCAGGCAUCAAAUGUUGCUCUGGAAGCAAAAUGUUUGUAACCCUCAUCUUUCACGAUCAUUUACACUAUUGUGAAAUAUUCCUUGCCCGUUUCUUGAUAUCUUUUGUUUUUAACAAAGCGGCCGUUGCAUUUGGUUUCUAACAAAGCGUCCACAAUCGUUCUUAAUAGAAUAUUUCAGGCCUUCAUACAGAGUCUGAUUUUCACAUAUUAAUAUUUGCGUACUUACCAAGCAAAUGAGAGAUAAAAACCACCGGAAAAGUAAUUAAAUGGCCAGUCACGAAGCAAAGCUUCGCUUUUCCCUAUAAAAAUUCGCCGGUUCCUCAUGUAAGCCAAUAACAUUAUAAGGCACAUAUGUGAAAAUCAGUGUGUGAACAGCCCUAGACGUUAAAAAUAUAUCAAGUUGAGGGAACAGUUUUGAUCCCGGCCCGCAUUUUUGUCAACAAAGUGAACACGUAUCGGUUAAAAAGAUGAAACGUAUAGACCACAUGCAAAGUUGUCAAUUGUUUCUCGAAUAUUGCGCGUGUUAAAUAGUCGAUAGUGACAUCUCAUUUACAACUACAACUACAUCCACGUUUAUUAAGUUGGUAAAUUCUACACAGACAUCACAUCAACCAACGCGCGCGCAAAGUGAGAAGACUCUAGUAAGGCUUGAAAUUAUACAAAGAACGUCUGUGAUCAAGAGACGGGAAAAGGAAUAUUCCACAAUAGUGCAAAUAAUCGUAAAAGAUGAUCGCGGAAAAGCGAUUGCGUGACGCUCGAUAAGUUGUAAGGUGAAAUGUUAUCAUGUAUCAGACGAAAAAACAGUAAAAUUCUCAGUCUGCAUUUAUACUCAGUCUGCAGUCUGCAUUUUUUACCUAGCCUGUAUUUUGUACCUGGUCUGCAGCCUGCGGUCUGCAUUUUGUACUGACUGGAUUGGUAUUGCUGUUUUUGUUUGAGCAAGCCUCAAGUCCGGACCGAAAUAAUGGGGCUCGAAAGAAAAUUUUAGACUAUUUUGGUCGCUAUGAUUGUACGUGAAAGAGCUCCCGAGGUCAAGCACAAUGAUAGAGCAAUGACUACUUUAUAUACUUUGAUAACGUCUGUGUUUCUAUCGUGUUACGGAAUAAUGAUGCGUGGUAGUUUUUUAUUUUUAACUGGUCAAUUAUGUAACGAUUAUUAUUUCAAAAUACCUCUUCUAGUUAUUGACUCUGGAAUAAACCCUAUAGCUUAUACUUUCUUCAAAGGAGAUAUACAGCAAGAAUGCGGAAGGCUUCUCUUUAAAAGGCGUACUUUAUUUAACAACAGAGUAGUUUCGACGCAAGAAAAACAGUAGCUGAUGCAUAUAUUUAAAACUUUCCUAGAUCCCGCGGACAUCCGGUUCAGAAUCUAUCCGUGACAUAUUCAUUAUCAUCUUUAUUGCUGUUCACUUUAAUAGCUUCCGCUGAAACAAAGAUAAGUCACCUUUUUAAGAGAAGUAGUGUUGAGUAGUUUGAUUAUUUUGAGGCCGUACUUUACUGGAUAAAAUAUUUUUUUUCAAGUUAAUCAUUUAGGCUGGCAUGUCUUUUAGUCUUAGAAACAUGUGGUUCUUAUAACUAUGAGCUUGCGUUGUAUAUUUUAAUGAUAUAGAGUAAAAAGAAUAGUUUUCCUCCUCAAUUUUGCUGCUUUUUUACAACAGUCCGCCAGUCCGCUGUAUGUUCCAUUCAAUGUAUUAAAGUACUGUGUUCUUGUUGAAGAAGUACAUCAAUAAUAAUUUUGAAACGAUAAAUGCUGAAGAACAAGAGCUGAAUUGCCUGAAUUUAACGACAGUUAAUUUGCUUACUUGCAACUUCCCUGUGAGCUGUCACGGUUUAAUUUAACGGUGAAUUGCACCUCUGUCAGUCAAAGCCGAUAUUAGAUUAGAUGUGAAUUAUUUGGAAAUAUUUCACAUUUGCUAGCGCAGGUAACAACAUGACUAUUUUAUUCCAUGAAAAAUUUUCUUGGAGAUGUUCGUUAAAGAAGAUCUUCCUUCGACUAAAAAUAAAUUACUUAAUAAGUAUUCAAGUCAUGUAAUCCAUCGGUCGUAUGUCAAGAUAGAUUGUCAAAGGCAAACACUUUCAGGAAAUUUUACAAAGUUAUGUUUUCAUAGAAAAGUGACGCACUUCACCCACAAGUCUUGCACAUGAUGACCUUUAAAACGAGUAUGAAAACGAGUUAUUUGGUGUCAACUGAUGUAGAGCAAGCUGUCGAUAACAGCACAAAUUACACGGAGAUGGAAAGUAAAAUUUCGGCAAAGUAACCGACGAAAACACAAAGCCGGCAACUAGCAACAGGAAAGGCAAACAAACGUCUGCAAACAUACCAAGCGCUAAGAAGUAGGGAAAGCAUUCCACUGCGUCUCGUUUUUUCCCCUACAUCACUUUCGCGCUCUAGCCGCUUCCGAAGUACUUUACGACGACAUAGAGCUUCGAGGCUUCUUUAUUUGUAAAAAGUCUUUAACUUGAUGGUAAAGGGGGGCGAUUUACGCUUAACACUGACCAAUUGAUAAUUUUGAAAUUAUUAUCACUUAAAAUAUUUGGUGUUGGCUAAGUUUCGCUACUGAUAUUCUUAAAAAGGACCGCCGUAAUUUCCUUUGAAUUAAAGCACAAAAAAAGUCAAAAAUGACCCACGUUUUUCAUUAAUUUCUGAUUGGUUCGUUCUUCUUGAAAACCAAUUAACGGGCGCUAAACUCCGUGCACAAAGCGUCUGACAAAACCUUAAAAAGUGAUGGAUGUUUGCAGCCUUAAAUAUGACUAAGGUAAACAAUAGAUAUCUGCCUAAUUAACAUUUACGCAGGUCAGAUGGGGCCAGGUGGUUGAUUAAAAACUAUAGAUAAACACAAUUUUUCAUCCUUAAAACCUUUCAAAACUCUCUUGGCUUGAGAGAAGAAAGCAACUGAAAAGUCCUAGACAGCCAUUUAGAAGAAUUCUAUGGAAACGUGGUUUUGGGUUCUCGGCUGGUUCCUCAGCGUCCUCACGAUGGUUGUGAAUGGAUUUGUCAUCUUCCUCGUCUGCAGUAAACGUCAGCUUCGCACCAAAACCAACGCAUUAAUCGUAUCUUUAGCAGUGGCUGAUUUUGGUGUUGGGAUGAUCGCUGUUCCUUCAAGCGUUUUCUGCAGCCUUGCAACCGAAUGCACUCCACACUCAAACGAAGAAAUAAUUGUUAUAAGGGUGUUCACUUUUUACGCCUCUGGAACGAACUUGGUUAAUUUAGUACUGGAACGUUAUGUUGCUGUUGUGAAACCUUUGAAAUACUUGAUUUUUAUGACGCGCCGUCGAGUAAUUCACAUGGUUUUAACAUCUUGGGUAAUUCCUUCUCUUUUCACUCUUAUCUUAGUGUCGAUUAAACUCAGUGCAAUCCAUCGUGCAAUCACUAUGCUCGGCUACUUGUAUUUGUUUUUCGAGAUAAUCUUGUGCGUGAUUCUAAUCUUUUUUCUUGCAUCCAUGUUUUUUGUUGUUUACAAUCUGAACUCUAGAAAUCGCAUUUUAGUUAAACAAUUGCGGUUUAAUCAACUGUUUACUAGAGCUAAAACUCAGAACACUUCAGCAGUAAAAUGGGUGGCUUUGUUAACGUGUGUGUUUCUAUCGUGUUACGGAAUAAUGAUGCGUUGUAGUUUGUUAUUUGUAACUGGUAAUAAAUCAUGUAACGAUUUUUAUUUCAAAAUACCUCUACAAGUUAUUAACUCUGGAAUAAAUCCUAUAGCUUAUGCUUUCUUCAAAAGAGAUAUAAAACAAGAAUGCAAAAGGCUUCUCUUCAAAAGGCGUCGUUAA